AUCAAUUUCCAGAGAAGAAGAUACAGUAUCACAAUUCAGCUCCAUUAACGGCAAAACUAUUUCUUCUCGCAAGCUUCUGUAUCUAUAUCUAUAUAUAUAUAUGCGACAAGUAUGAUUCUCAACUUAGGUUCUCCUUCACUCCUUAGCCUCACUCGCCCGUCUCAAUUUAGCUUCAAGACCAAAAACAACGCUUUCGUUUUCCUAAUAUUCACCUCUAAGCGUGACUUUUCCUCGUCAAACUACCACGAUUCGGCCAAUUUCUCUGCUCCGAGGAGUUAUGGGAAGGAAGAGAUUUCACUCGUCCACCAGGAAUCCUUGCAGGACGACACUACAGUCUUGGAUGAAGACAUCCUUAAUUGCGUAUCCGCUGCUAAAGACGCCUGCGAAGCAUUGGACAUUAUAGCGGAGAAGUCGAACAGAGGGGGCGGUGUCGUUAGCAAUUCUGAUUGCUGUUCGAUCAUAAUGUCUGCGUUUGAUCGGAGUAAUGUCGAAUUGACUUUAUCGAUCUUCGCAGCUAUGCGUUCUAGCUUCAGUACCGGUGAUGCUGAAAUGAAUUCAUCACUUCAACGGUGGAGGUGGUCGAGACCAGGUGUACGUUUUUACACAUUAUUAGUUCUGGGUCUUGCUGCAUCACUUAGGGUGUCUGAUGCGGUUAAGAUUAUUUUCACUGUUAGUCGAGUGGGAGUGUCUCCUGGUGAAGAGGUACCUUUUGGUAAAAUAGUAAGGUGUCCAACUUGUAUGAUAGCUGUUGCUGUUGCCCAACCUCAACAUGGUAUUCAGGCUAUAUCCUGUUCCAAAUGCCGCUACCAAUAUGAACUUGUUUCAGGCAAUAUUAUUAGCAUUGAAUCGGAAGAGGUCAGCAUGGAUAUUCCAGCAUGGAGAAGAGGGCUAAGAUUCCUUCAAAUCAAGAAGCAAAGUCUUCCUGCUGCAGUUCACUCCAUUGUGGUGCAAACCCCAUCAGGAGCGGCACGAACUCACAGAUUUGCUACUGAAACAGUAGAACUUCCUGCUCGAGAAGGAGAAAGAGUAACCAUUGCCGUAGCAGCUCCAUCAAGCAUUUAUAGAGAGGUAGGUCCAUUGAAGAUUAGUCCAAAAUCACCCAAGCUCUAUCCUGGAGAGCCUAUGAGCCUCAUGAACCACAAUGAUGGCCGAGAAUCCUUACUGCUAAGAGCACCCUCCAAAGACAAGGGCUCAUCCUUACUUAACCCCUCAAUUAUUGUCCCACUUUUAGCUGUUAUGGCAACUGGAGAUGCUGCCACUAGUUUGAUUGACCCCAGCCUGCCUCAGCUAAUUUCAGUUGCUGCUAUUUCCUCUAUUGCUGUUGGUGCUACUCUGAACAGUUUCAUUCUUCCCCAGCUGGCGAUGCUUCCUCAGAAAGCUGCUGAUGCAAUUGCAAUCAAGCAGCAACUUCUUGCACAGUAUGAUCAGCUUCAGUCUCGCAUACAGGAACUCAAAACUGCUGCUGAAAAUGAGAUAUGGAUGCUGGCUCGCAUGUGCCAAUUGGAGAACAAAAUCCAUGCUGUUGGGGAACCUUCGUAUCGUGCACGACAAAGUAGAAUAAAAAGAGUACGCGAAGGCUUGGAAAAUUCCCUUGAAAAACGGAUUGAAUUGAUUGACAGUUAUGCAAGAAUUUCUUCUAUGAUUGAAAUUGAAGUGGAGAUGGACUUCGAUGUUCUUGCAGCUGAAGCAGCCAGUAAUACAGAAAAUAUUGCUGAACAGAUUCAGCAAAUUAUGGAAAUUGAGAAUCUUGAAGAGAAAUGGAAGAUUCAAGCAGAGGCAAAUGAUGAGGUUGAAAGGCUUCUCAGAUCAGAAGCCUCCGUUUCUGAACAGGUAUUGGAUGUAUAGGAGGCAUUUCUGAUCUCCAGAAUCCAAAUCAUGUCGUUGAGUAUGUGUGAGGUAGGAAGGGGAAGUCAUUUCUGAUCGGUCUCUUCUCCUUCUUCAUGAACAAGCAACGGUUCCUGCAUUGACAAAAGACACGACGAUGAUAAAAACAGGUGCAUAACACUUUCCUUGAUAAUUAAAUUGUAUAUGUUGUUUGAAAGGAAUAUUUCAUAACACUUGACAAAGAUAUAUAUGUUGUUGCCAUGUCUCUUCUUCUGCAUCAUCUUGACAUAAUUGUAUGUUCUCUAAGACCCACAAUAUUAUAAUAUCCCCAUAGUAUGGGAUAACUUGUUUUUUCUUGUAUAAAAUUAGUUGUUUCUGUGGGACAUAAAAGAAUAACGUUAGGUUCAUUCA